AUGUGGUCCCCUGCGAUAGCUACGCUGACGUCGGGGCUAUUCCUCCUGGCCCCGAGUGCCAUUGCGUCUCCCCUCAAGGCUGCUGAGGGCGCUCGGCUGGUCAUUGACGCGGACUUUCCCGACCCCAGCUUUGUCGAGACGCCAGAAGGGACCUGGUACGCCUUCGGUACCAACAGCAAAGACAAGAAGGUUCAGGUUGCAAGGUCCGAGGACUUCGCGACAUGGACGGUCCUUGACACCGAUGCCUUGCCUAACGUGGCACCUUGGGAGACAGAGAAAGACCACUGGGCGCCGGACGUGAUUCGACGGAACGACGGCAAAUACGUCCUAUACUACUCGGGAGAAGCCAAGGCACUGCUCGACCACCACUGCGUCGGCAGCGCCGUCUCAGUCGGCACCGACCCAGCAGGCCCCUACAUCCCAACAGAGACGCCUCUCUCCUGCCCCCUGGACCAAGGCGGCUCCAUCGACCCCGCCGGGUUCCAGGACGUAGACGGCAGCCGGUACGUGGUGUACAAGGUCGACGGGAAUAGCAUCGGCAACGGCGGCGACUGCAACAACGGGAUAGAGCCGAAGAAGCCAACGCCAAUCAUGCUGCAGCGGGUAGCCGAAGACGGAAUCACGGUCAUCGGCGGACCCGUGGAGAUCCUCGACCGCGACGACAACGACGGGCCCCUCGUCGAAGCCCCCAACAUCAUCUUCAAAGACGGCACCUACUACCUCUUCUACUCCACCCACUGCUUCACGGACCCCAACUACGACGUCCGCUACGCCACCUCCAAGUCCCUCACGGGCCCCUACGUCAAAACCAAUGAGCGCCUGCUCAAGACCGGCGACUGGGGAUUGAUUUCCCCCGGCGGCGGUACCGUCUGCCCCUGCGGCGAUCGCAUGCUGUUCCACGGGUUCUGUGCGGACAACAAGCGGUGCACGUACGUGGCGCAAGUGAGCCUGUCGGAGGGGAAGGUGGUUCUCUUGUAG